AUGAAACGACUUUAUGAAUCGAAACCUCUCCAAAAUUAUUCCAAAUAUACAGGAAGUUUGCGGAAGACAAAAUUUGUAGCUUUGAAGCGCGGGCUGAAAUCGCAGCUAUCUCUGUUUACCAAAGCGAAUACUAAACAAGAGUCUGCAGCUCUCGCCAGCUUUCGUGUAGCUCUUGAAAUCGGAAAACGUGGAAAACCAUUCACCGAUGGAGAAAUGGUAAAAGAAUGCUUGAUUGCAGUAGUCGAAAAAAUAUGCCCCAAAAAGUAG